AUGGCUCACGCGGCCUCCCAAUUGAAGAAGAAUCGGGGGGAAGUGGAUGUGAAUGCAUUAGAGGACGAGAAGGAGAAGCGGAGGAAGAGCAGGAGAGCAGCGUCCCGGGAACAAAAGAGGAAGUCUGACAGCAAUGCCAGUUACCUGCGAGCAGCCCGGGCAGGAAACCUUGAAAAGGUCCUUGACUACCUCAAGUCUGGGGUUGAAAUAAACAUUUGCAAUCAGAAUGGUCUGAACGCUCUUCAUCUAGCCUCCAAAGAGGGGCAUGUGGAGGUUGUUGCUGAGCUGCUGAAGCUCGGAGCCGCGGUGGAUGCAGCCACAAAGAAAGGAAACACUGCUCUGCACAUAGCGUCGCUGGCUGGCCAAACGGAAGUCGUCAAAGAGCUGGUCACUAACGGAGCCAAUGUCAACUCACAGUCUCAGAAUGGCUUCACUCCUCUGUACAUGGCAGCCCAGGAGAAUCACCUGGAGGUCGUACGGUUCCUCCUGGAGCACAGUGCCAGCCAGAGUAUGGCCACUGAGGAUGGCUUCACCCCUCUGGCGGUGGCCCUACAGCAGGGCCAUGACCAGGUGGUCUCCCUGCUGCUGGAGAACGAUACAAAGGGUAAGGUACGCCUGCCUGCCCUGCACAUCGCUGCCCGCAAGGAUGACACCAAGGCCGCGGCCCUGCUCCUGCAGAACGACCACAACGCGGACGUUGAGUCUAAGAGUGGUUUCACCCCCCUCCACAUCGCGGCUCACUAUGGCAACAUAAACGUGGCCACGCUCCUGCUGAACCGGGGAGCUGCUGUGGACUUCAUGGCUCGGAACGACAUCACACCACUUCAUGUGGCAUCGAAAAGGGGCAACAGCAACAUGGUCAAGCUGCUGCUCGACAGAGGAUCCAAAAUUGAUGCAAAGACCAAGGAUGGCCUGACACCUCUUCACUGUGGGGCGAGGAGCGGACACGAGCAGGUGGUAGAAAUUCUACUCGACCGAGGAGCACCUUUCCUAUCCAAGACCAAGAACGGUCUGUCGCCGCUCCACAUGGCCACUCAGGGGGACCACCUGAACUGUGUCCAGCUUCUGCUCCAGCACGACGUGCCGGUGGACGACGUCACCAAUGACUACCUGACGGCGCUGCAUGUCGCCGCCCACUGUGGUCACUACAAGGUGGCAAAGCUCAUCGUGGACAAGAAGGCCAACCCCAAUGCGAAGGCGCUGAACGGUUUCACUCCACUUCACAUCGCCUGCAAGAAGAACAGAGUCAAAGUGAUGGAACUGUUACUUAAACACGGAGCAUCCAUCCAGGCUGUCACUGAGUCUGGCCUCACACCCAUCCAUGUGGCAGCCUUUAUGGGUCAUGAGAACAUUGUCCACUCACUGACACAUCACGGAGCAUCACCCAACACCACCAACGUACGGGGUGAGACCGCUCUCCACAUGGCAGCCAGGGCAGGGCAGGCAGACGUCGUCCAAUACCUGCUCAAGAACGGAGCCAAGGUGGAGACCAAGUCCAAGGAUGACCAGACAGCGUUGCACAUCUCCAGUCGACUGGGUAAAGUCGACAUCGUCCAACAGCUGCUGCAGUGCGGCGCCUCUGCCAAUGCCGCCACCACCUCAGGCUACACCCCACUUCACCUGGCUGCCCGUGAGGGACACCAAGAUGUUGCUGCCAUGCUGCUGGAGAAUGGAGCCUCACUCUCCUCAGCAACUAAGAAAGGGUUCAGUCCACUGCACGUGGCAGCAAAGUACGGCAAGAUGGAGGUGGCCAGUCUCCUCCUGCAGAAGAGAGCUGCGCCUGAUGCUGCUGGAAAGAGUGGGCUAACUCCACUGCAUGUAGCUGCUCACUACGAUAAUCAGAGAGUGGCGCUGCUGCUGUUGGAUCAGGGAGCUUCCCCGCACGCUGCCGCCAAGAACGGCUACACUCCACUGCACAUCGCUGCCAAAAAGAACCAAAUGGACAUCGGGACCACGCUGCUGGAGUACGGCGCAGACACCAACGCAAUGACGCGGCAAGGCAUCAGUCCUAUUCACCUGGCAGCGCAGGAGGGCAGCGUGGACCUGGUGUCCCUGCUGCUGACCAAGAACGCCAACGUCAACAUGUGCAAUAAGAGCGGACUUACACCACUUCACUUAGCAGCUCAGGAGGACAAGGUCAAUGUUGCAGAAGUCCUUCUCAACCACGGGGCUGAUGUCAACCCACAAACAAAGAUGGGUUACACUCCGCUGCACGUGGCUUGUCACUAUGGCAACGCAAAGAUGGCAAACUUCCUGCUGCAGAACCAUGCCAGAGUCAAUGGCAAAACCAAGAACGGAUACUGUCCUCUACACCAGGCAGCUCAGCAGGGCCACACCCACAUCAUCAACCUGCUGCUUCAGCACGGGGCCUCAGCCAACGAGCUCACCGUGAAUGGGAACACUGCCCUCUCCGUCGCCCAUCGACUCGGGUACAUCUCUGUGGUGGACACUCUGAGGCCCAUGACGGACGAAAACCUGACCACCAUGAGUGCAUCAGAAAAACACAAAAUCAAUGUUCCAGAGACCAUGAACGAGUUCCUCGACAUGUCAGACGAUGAAGGAGAGGAUGCGAUGACCGGGGACACUGACAAAUACCUGCGGCCUCAGGACCUCAAAGAGCUGGGGGAUGACUCCCUCCCUCAGGAGGGGUACAUGGGUUUCAGUAUAGGAGCCCGCUCAGCCAGCCCUAGAAUCAGCCUCCGCUCCUUCAGUUCGGAUAGGUCCAACACACUCAACCGGAGCUCGUUUGCACGAGACAGCAUGAUGAUCGAAGAGAUUCUGGCCCCCACCAAGGACACGCUUCAGAGUGUCUGUAAAGACAUUUCCUACUUGGUUGACCCACUGAAUAAGCAUCUGGCCGUGACGAGGGACUACAGCUCGGAGUGUAUGCGGCGCUACAGCUGGACUCCAGACACCGUGGACCACAGCCACAACACUGUGUCCAGCCCCAUUCACUCUGGCCUCUCCUCCCCGCUCCCUCAGUAUGACUCCAGGUUCUUGGUUAGCUUCAUGGUGGACGCCCGCGGUGGCUCCAUGAGAGGCAGCCGCCACAAUGGCAUGCGCAUCAUCAUCCCUCCCAGGAAGUGCACUGCACCCACACGCAUCACAUGUCGUCUGGCCAAGAGGCACAAGCUGGCCUACCCCCCUCCCAUGGUGGAGGGAGAAGGGCUGGUCAGCCGGCUGGUGGAGGUUGGACCAGCCGGGGCUCAGUUCCUCGGCCCUGUGAUUGUGGAGAUCCCUCAUUUUGGUUCCAUGCGAGGAAAAGAGAGGGAGCUGAUUGUGUUGAGGAGCGACAAUGGUGACGCGUGGAAGGAGCACCAGUCUGAUGGCAGACCAGAAGACCUUUUUGACCUGCUCUCUGGGAUGGAUGAAGAGCUGGACAGCCCUGCUGAGUUGGAGAAGAAGCGAAUUUGCCGCAUUGUCACCAGAGAUUUCCCUCAGUAUUUUGCGGUGGUGUCGCGGAUAAAGCAGGAGUCGAACCACAUGGGUCCGGACGGAGGCAUGUUGUCCAGCAGCACCGUGCCCAUGGUGCAGGCGUCAUUCCCACAGGGGGCGCUCACCAAGAAGAUCCGUGUAGGCCUGCAGGCCCAGCCUGUACCCGAUGACAUGGUGAGGGCAGUGCUCGGCAACAGAGCCACCUUCAGCCCCAUCGUCACCGUGGAGCCCAGGAGGAGGAAGUUCCACAAGCCGAUCACAAUGACGAUCCCUGUCCCACCUAGAUCGGCAGAGGGCCAUCCCAGCGGACACAGGGGGGACUCUGCACCGUGCCUACGUCUGCUGUGCAGCAUCACAGGAGGAACGUCCCCUGCCCAGUGGGAGGACAUCACAGGGACCACACCGCUGUCCUUUGUAACUGAUUGUGUCUCCUUCACCACAAAUGUGUCGGCCAGGUUCUGGCUCGCAGACUGUCACCAGAUUCCUGAGACGGUGAGUCUAGCGUCUCAGUUAUACCGGGAGCUGAUCUGCGUGCCGUACCUGGCCAAGUUUGUGGUGUUUGCCAAGAUGAAUGACAUUGUAGAAGCUCGGCUGCGCUGCUUCUGCAUGACGGACGAUAAGGUGGACAAGACGCUCGAGCAGCAGGAGAACUUUGAGGAAGUGGCCCGGAGCAAAGAUAUCGAGGUUCUCGAGGGCAAGCCUAUCCACGUGGAUUGCUAUGGCAACCUGUCCCCUCUCACUAAAAGUGGCCAGCAGUUGGUUUUUAACUUCUACUCCUUCAAGGAAAACAGGCUUCCUUUCAAUGUGAAGAUCAGAGAUAUGGGCCAGGAGCCAUGUGGCCGCCUCUCCUUCUUGAGAGAGCCAAAAAACACCAAAGGCCUUCCACAGACUGCCAUCUGUAAUUUGAAUAUCACACUGCCAACCCACAAGAAGGAUAUGGAGUCUGAUCCUGAUGAUGAGACUGAAAAGCCCGAACGACGUCAUACCUUUGCCUCCUUAGCUUUGCGUAAGCGCUACAGCUAUUUGACCGACCCAGCAGCGAGUCCCCAAAGUCCCUGUGAGCGGACGGACUUGCGCAUGGCCAUCGUUGCAGAUCACCUGGGACUUAGUUGGACAGAGUUGGCCCGGGAGAUGAACUUCACAGUGGAUGAGAUCAACCACAUCAGACUAGAGAACCCCAACUCUCUGACAGCACAGAGCUUCAUGCUGCUCAAGAAAUGGGUCAGCCGGGAAGGGAAAAACGCCACAACGGAUGCCUUAACUACAGUGCUGACCAAAGUCAAUCGGAUGGAUAUUGUGACUUUACUGGAGGGCCCAAUAUUCGACUAUGGUAACAUUUCAGGCACGAGAUGUUUUGCCGAUGAUAACGCUGUUUUCCGGGAUCAGGCUGAUGAUUAUCAGAGCAUUCUAGCGGAGCUGCAGUCUCCUGCCACACUGCAUUUUGAUCCCCACUUCCUGGAGCCCGAACUCCCUGUCACCCCUAACCCUUCCCUCGCUCAUCACCAGCCAGAACCAGACACCCCUUUGCUGGCCCACUCCCAGCGUCAGCCCUUGCCCUGGAGCCCCGAGAUAGAGCCCAGUAGCAGAGAGCCAGGCAGCCCUCCCAGGCCUUGUGAGCUCACCCUUUCCUUCCCAGUCUUUGAACUCCCCGAUCCUGUUCCUUCCAAGGUCAGAAAGCCCCACAUCGCUCUGAACGAUCAGCUGCUUUUGAGCGAGGAGGAGGACAGGCCUUGUCAUGAAAUGGAGCUGAGCCACAGGCCCAAGUCACCCUCCUUCCCCGCGAUGUGCGAGUUAGACAUUGACACGUUUUACUUCACAUCAUCCCCUUCGCUAUCGUCAAUAUCAUCAAUAACUCCUUCAUCGCCUGACAGAGCACAAAUAGGAGACAUGGGAGUCUCCUUGCAGAUGGGUGCCGCCAAUGGGGUACAGGGGGAUGUGGGUUUGAUAGAAAGUGAAAAGAAAGUGACAGAAGAGAUAAAGAACGUUGAUGAGAUGGUUGCAGCAGAGGUAGCAGAGGGAAAUGGAUUAAAGUGGGUAGAGCAGGACUUGAUCAAAAAUGUAGAAAGAAAGUGUGAGAUGAUAACAAAAGAUAGGUCUAAGUUAGCAGAGGAAAGUAAAGGUUUGGUUGAACAGAGGGAAGAGCAGCAUGUCCUUGUAGCAGAUGAGAGUAAGGAGACGGCCUGUGGGAUGGAAGAGGUGAUAGAAGUGCAGAUUCUGUCAGAAGAACAGAAUAAUCUGAUAGAAAGUGAGCAGGGACUGGAAAAAGUUUGUACCACAGUAAAUGCAAUGACUGUGAAAGAGGAUAUUGAUGAAAAGCCAGAGGUAUGGGAGGGGGAUGCGGGCAGUGAUGAUUUGGUCUAUGAGAGUAACAGAUUAGAAAACACAGAUGGACAAAUUCAGUUUAAAGAUGGAGCCUGUGACUGUGAAAAAGAUAUUAGUGGGACAGCAGAAGGGGACCAGGCCGCCGAGGACCAGGCUGUGGCUCGCCUCUCCCCUCAGGCCUGGGUUGAGGCACUUGGAGAACUUCAGUCAAGUGAGUCUGGAUCUAAUGAGGAAGAGGAGGAGGGACACAGAGACAAACCAACCACAGAAGAGGCAUUGGGAACUCUGAUGGAGGAGGUGAAGAAUGAAGAGGUCUCAGAGGAUAAGGAGGAGGACGCAGAGAUGAUCCAGGACAGGGUUCAGGAGAUCACUGAUCGGGUUGAACAUGCAGAAAAAGACAUGUGUUCACUUUCAGGUUGGCACAGUGACUCAUCCAGCGUCAACGUGGAACCACCGACACCAGGCCGCAGUGUCAGCUCAGACCUGCUCGACAGACGGGAAAGCCAGGAAAUCUCCAGUGAGUCCAUCACUUCCUCGUCAAGGGCAGAAUCAGGGAGAUCCCGGCACAACGGCAGCAGCUCAAAGCACUCACCUCAGGGCGGCUCCUCUGAGUCAUCGAACGGCAAAAAGGAAGAGGGGGCGCUGGUUUCAGAGAAAAAAGUCAAGCAGAAGGUUAGUGUAGAUUCCGGUUCAGAGGAAGAACAGACUGUAACCACCAGAAUCUUCAGACGUCGUCUCAUUUUAAAGGGAGAAGAAGCAAAGAAUUUGCCAGGAGAGUCUAUUACAGAGGAACACUAUAUGGACCGAGAUGGUAACCUCAUCAGUAGAAAAGUAAUCAGGAAGAUUAUUCGGAGGGUUUCUACUCCCACACCAGAAAACCAAGGAGGUAACAAAAGGCACCGAGACCUUCCACACAGUCCCAUUCUGCAGGAAGACGGGUCUGAGCAGGCGGACGUGUCAAGAAAUAGCAGACGGAAGGAUGAGAGAAGGUCGGGGGAUAAGAAGCUCCACUCAUAGGGAUGGCGGUGCUCUACCAGCUGUACAGGAACUGGGUUGGAUGUUUCCUGGGAAUAUGUGUUCAGAGGGCUGAAGAGUUGUGGUCUGAGGACUUCAGGCUCGGGUCCAGUCUGCAGCUAUCUUCUUCAAACAAGCGGUCUUCACGCGAGAGGAGUCGACCCCUCUGACUUACGCAUGAGCAUGAAAAACUCACUCCCUGUCAAUCAAAAAGACCCAGGAGGUUCUCACGCUCCGACUGCGGUGGACCCGUGGACAAUGAUUCUGCUUCCCGUUUUGUGUGAGACAAUAACAAAUGCCAUCGGUCCACUGGUGACGUGAGAGCCUUGUGAGGAGGAGCAUCGUUUGUCGUGAAAAAGGCGAAAGACUCCGGUACUGACAACCACAGGCGCAACUGUGACCAAAGAUGGCACAAGAGCUCAAUCCACUCGGUGGGUGGAAAGAAUGAAGUAGACACAAUAACACAAAAAAUAUCCAAUUGAACACUUCUGAUUCAAACUUCAACACUCGCCUUAUAGUUUUUUCUUGAACCCAUUGUUGUUAGGAUGUAAAUUGUCUUGGGAUUUUUUUUCUUCCUUUUUAAAACUUAAACAACACAAAAGCUUUUUUCUGUAUAUAAAAUUGCAAUGUGUAAAAUUCUUUAAAAAACUAAAAGGGCAUGUUUCUGGUUGAGAACGCACUGAGGAGAGCAACCUUUUCAAGUGCUUUCAAAAUUGAUCGAAACAGUUCCUCUUUUAAAGAUUUGAGUGUAACUUCACAGGAUCUUGUAUAAUUAAUUAUUAGAGCAGGUAUAAUGUUUGUACAUGAAAAAGAAGCUGGUUUGAUUUUAACAGAGAACAUUUCCAGAAAAUCAAAUUUCAGUAAUUCCCAAAGUGGGAGUGGAUCUAAUCCUGCAAAAAAGCAGCCUUUCAGAGUACUCCUAUUUUCAUGCAUGCUGUUCACAUUAUUUUAAGUACGAUUUUUACAAGUUUGCAAACACUGUAUUCAAAUAACAAAUAAAACCCUUUAUCUGUGUGCACAUAUAGUCCAAACAUUUGUCACCAAUUUUAUAUUUUGAAUUGAAAAAGGAAACCAUUAAAGCAUUUAUCAUGUCGGGGUGAGGAUGAGAAAAAAAAGAAGAUCUAUGGCUUCUCGAGGGUGUGAUGUCUUGUCUAUGUAAAACCGGAGGAGGGCAGCUUCUGCUACAAGAACGAUAUAAUCUGAAUGUAAAUGCUAGAAGGCUGGCUCGCUGUAAAAUUAUAACUGUUAUUGUGCGUGUUGGCUAUAAGGUGUAGGAGUCUCUGUACACUGUUAGACUGUUUGUAAUCAUUUUAGCAGUGUGUCAAUUUGAUUUCCUAACGGCUGCUGUGGUAUUAGAGAAAAACUGGGGGCAUUUCAUUUUUAUUUUAUUUUAUUUUUUGGGGUGAAAUAUUUCCUUAAUUUAAAACUACUCACAUUAAGGACACAUAAAGACAUUAUUUGAUUGUAGCUCUAAAUAGCAUAUUGUAUUACAAAUACACUGGAUGGUCAACAAGCAAUUAUUUAAGCAUUAAAUGAAUUGUGUUAAACUCUGAAACUGUGUGAUCUUUUUAGGCUUGAGAGUCUGUAUAUGCAGUGUCGAAUAGAGUCGUUUUCACUAGCUCAUUGGCAAAACUUUUACUUCACAUUACAAUAGGAAUUCUCUUUUGUAUUGGUUUUCAUUAGAUGACCCAUGUAGUUUAAAGUGUGGUGUUCUACUGGUGCGAUGGCUCAGUAUGCUGAUGUCUAUGCUGUGGACAUGAAGACUAUGUAACUUUUUUUUUGGUGGGGGGGGCAAAAGGAAAUCAGGUCGAGUGCUGUACCACAUCCCCGUAAACUGUCAAUCAAGGGGUAUAGGGACCCUUUGAUAUGGUCUAACUAUCAAUUUUUGUCAAUUUUGUUGGAUAUGUGUUUUCACAUGAGCAGAUUUUUUGAUGUACAAUUCUUACUAACAGCGUGAAGCCAUUGAAAUGUAACUAUUCUAGCACUUUGGUUAUUCAAGGUCUUUUAGAGGCUAUAGCAGCAAUGAUGCCAUCACAAAUGUUUCAGACGUCUUUAAAAAAAAAUCCAACUAAAAAUGAAAAAAAAUAAAAUAAAAAUGCAUUGAU